AGUGUGUGUUGUGCACGCACGCGGCUCACAGAACCCAAAGUUCCUUUGCGGCGGCGGCGAGAGAAAAAAGCCUGGAGUGGGCCGCGUCCGACACAUGAAACGUGUGGGCGCCUCCGCCAAUGACGGCCGCGACCAGGGAAGACCGAGCAAUUCGAAGCGGCUCAAAACGAUGGCUCCGACGUCUGAUGCGACAAGUGCUCCCUCGACCGCCGCGUAUCGAGUCGGUACCAUUUUGCGUCUCAAGGUGCAGAACUUCGUGACCUACACCGAGGCGGAGAUUUUUCCCGGUCCCCGGCUGAACGUGAUUUUGGGUCCCAACGGUACCGGCAAGUCGUCUCUGGUGUGCGCCAUCGUGCUGGGCCUGUGCGGCCACCCGUCGGCGCUGGGGCGCGCGAAGAACCUGCACGAGUUCAUCAAGCUGGGGUGCGACCGCUCUACGAUUGAGAUCGAGCUCCAGGGCGCGCCGGGCCGCGGGAGCGUCUUGAUACACCGCGUGCUGCACAAGGAGUCCAAGCAGGACGUCUGGAGGCUCGACAACAGGCCGGCUUCCUACAAGGAGGUGUUGGAGGUGACCAGGAGGCUGAACAUCCACGUGGAGAACCUGUGUCAGCUGCUUCCCCAGGACCUUGUUUCUUCGUUUGCCUCGAUGGACCACGUCGAGUUGCUCCAGGAGACGGAGGUGGCGGUGGGCGGGGAGAGUUUGAAGAGCGAGCACGUGAGACUUUCGAAUUUGAAGAGGGACGAGAGCGUUUUGAGGAAUCAGCACGCGACCAAGCAGAAGUACCUCGGCGACCUCACCGAGCGGUUCAGGGCCACGGAGGCCGAGGUCGCUCGGUAUCGCGAGUACGAGAGGUGCGCCAAGGAGUUGCUGAUGGCUGACAGCAAGAAAAACUGGCUGCACUACGAGGACAUGAGACAGCGGUCCAUAGAGUUGCAGAGCCAGUAUCGGGGCUUGGAGAACAAGAAGAGGAAGUUGGACGCGGAGAUUUCGAAGGGGGGCAGGGCGGUUGAGCAGCAGGUCAAGGAGACGAAAAUUUGCGCGGAGAGGGUGAUGGACAUUGUCGGCAAGAGUCGUUCGCUGAGCGCCGAGUUGUCGGCGCUCACGGAGGGCGCGAUGAAGGAGGUCACGAACACGGCGAAGAUCGAGGCCGAAAUUUCGGACCUUCGGUCGAGGGCCGAGCAGGGCAAGCAGAUGGCGGAGAAGUACAGAGAGAGGCUGAGGGGCCUCCAGGCCAAGCAGAAGAGCUUGGAGGCGGCGGAGACGCAGAAGGAGGCCCAGAAGAGGGCGCUGAACGAGCAGUUUGAGGCGUUGGUCUUGGAGAAGAGAAACUUGCAGUUGGAGAUGAGCGACCAGCGCGCGAACUUGGAGGCUCUGGAGCAGAGGAUUGACGAGGCUCGCCUCGUGUUGAGGUCCGUGGAGGACGUCCAGUUGAGGAUGCGGAGCAUGUUGGCGCCGAAAUUCUCCAACGUCCUGUAUUAUCGCGAUUGGGUGAAGGUCAGCUUGGACAAGGGCGUGCUCAAGAACAACAUAUACGGUCCGCUGCUGUUUGAGAUACAAGUCGCCGACGAGACCCACGCGUCCUUCUUCGAGAAGGUGAUUAGUCACAACUACAAGAUGGCAUUCAUCGCGCUUUCGGAGGAGGACCGCGACGCGUUUUUGGCGCACGGGAGAAUGAGCGGCGUCGUGCCGCCUUUGAUCAUGUACAACAAGGACUCCGAAAAGAGGUUUCCCCACCCGGUCCCCGUCAGCGAGAUGAGCGACUACGGCGUCGAGGGCUACAUAGACGAGAUCAUAUGCACCAACGACGUCGUGAAGGCGGAGCUUUGCAGGCAGUGCAGGCUCCACUGCAUACCGUACGGGUCCAGCAAGUUGGAGAAGAACGUCGACUCGAUGAAAAGGUUCUUCAGACGGGGCGUCACGUGCUACCUCAGCCCGAGGUACAUCUACCAGGUGUCGGUGUCCAGGUACCGGUCGGCCGAGUCGUCGCUGAUCGACCAGCUGCGACCCGCCCGGUUCUUCGUCAAGGUCGACCUCGAGGAGUCGAGCGUCGCGAACGAGACGGUGCUGAGCCUGGAGCAGCAGAAGAUUCAAGUCCACGACGCGAUCGGGAGGAUCAGGAGGCGCGUCGAGGAGAUCAACGACCACUUGCCCAGAAUUCGCGAGGACAUCAGGGCGCUGUCCGGCGGCGGCGUCGCGGUGGUCAGGGCGCAGGUGCUGGACGUGGAGAGGGCGCUGAAGGACUGCGUCAUCGACGUCGAUGCGGAAUCGUUGUCGCUGGACGGCCGCCUGAAGGAGUCUUUGAACGCGCGCCUGCAAAGCGCGGAGAAGAUUCACCGGAUAACGGAGUCCAUCGUGAACGCCUACGCGCUCCACACCAAGGCUCUGUUGGAGCGCGCCGGCAAGGCGAGCAAGCUGGACGCGUUCAAGAAGGCCUAUCACCAGAAGAAGUUGGAGCUGGGCCAGCUGACCGACGAAAUGUCGGAGCUUCACGGCCAGCUGAGUCAGUCGAUGUCGGAGGCCGCGAAGUUCUUGGAAAUGGCGAACAUGUGCCCCCCCAGCGAGGAGGUGCGGCGCUUUUGGGAAAGCUUGCCCGACGACCUCGAGAACCUGGAAAACGUGAUCGCGAGCUUGAGGGUCAAGUCGGGCGCGGCGGCGCCGGACCCAGACGUGGUGGACAGGUAUCGCCAGUGCAAGCGAGAAAUCGAGGAGGUGAAUCGGAGCAUGGGCCAGUCCGAAACCUCCCUCAGACAAGUGCAGGAGCAACUGGUGUCGCUCAAAAGCUCUUGGCUCGCCAAAGUCGAAGCGAUCGUCGCCGAAAUCGACUCCAAAUUUUCCGCGUUUUUCAGCGAAAUCAACUGCAGAGGCCGCGUCAAGCUCGCCGUGGACGCCGACGACGACUUCUCGAAAUACGGCAUCGAAAUAUGGGUCAGCUACAGGGCCUCCGAAGACAUGAAGAGGCUGAGCGUCCAAGUUCAGUCCGGAGGCGAGCGAUCCGUCGCCACGAUGUUGUACCUGAUCGCGCUGCAAACCCUGAGCGACUGUCCGUUCCGACUGGUCGACGAAAUCAACCAGGGCAUGGACCAGUACAACGAACGCCUAGUCUUCGACCAAAUCGUCCUUCAAGCCUCUCAGCCCAACACGCCGCAGUACUUCUUGAUCACGCCCAAGCUGCUUCCAGACCUCAAGUUCACGCCCAGCGUGACGGUCCACUGCAUCUACAACGGCCCGCACAUGGUGCCGUCCUCGGACUGGGUCGCCUGCUCCGAGAACUCCUAGCCGCGCGGCCUCGCGCGCCAGGGAAGAGCCGACCCCGACCCCCCGCCGAUCGGACGACCCGCGCGCUCUCCGUAUGCGCACUCCCUCCGCGGACGCACUCGAUACGCGCCCUCUCCGCGGGGCGCUUCCUGAGCCACUUGGGCGACGGUUUUUUUUUUUCGCGCACCCAUUUUGACACUUUGCCCCACGGCAGCGCUCUGCACGAUGAACUCGGACGAGCCCUCCAGCCCCUGUAAGGUCUACACCGUGAACAACGAGUCUAGGUAAGUUAUUCUCUUCGGCGGGGGAAACGGCGUGGCGGGCCGCGAAACCAAAACUCACGCUUUUCACCAGGUUCCUGAAGUUUUCAAACGUCCCUUCUUUCAAGUCCAUCGAAGAGGACCUCGUCGAUCACGUCUCUCAAUACGGGGGCGUAGAGCAGUGUUACGAAAUAGAAGAAGCCGCGGACUCCGACAAAAGCUUCACCAAAUCGUAUUGCAUCGCAUUCUAUAAAAUCUCGGAAUCUGUCUAUACGAAAAAGAAACUGAACAAGUCGCUGUUCAUGGGACACCUGCUCAGGGUCGGCUACGCUCCCGAGGAAGAAAGCGUCGAGGACGUGAGGAUAAAAUACGCAGAAAGGUGGGAAACGGUGAGGCAAAAACUACAUAAACAAAGCAAUUCAUGUUCGCCAGAUUGCCCUUCUGCAAACAAUAAAAAACCCGGCAUGCAAACGCCUCCUCCACUCGGAUACGGCGCACCCGAGGGCGGCUUGUUUCCCAGCUCGAUCCCGCAGCCCUACUCCUAUUCCCCGGUGCCCGCACUUCAGUACCAUGCUGAAACGGGCAACCCUCAAGAAACGAGCUACCUCUCUUUAGACGUAGACCAUGCAGGCGACAAAAGGAAGAAGCGCCGGCUGUGACCUCACAACAUUCGCGCACAAAAAAUUGACAGCAAACGCGACCGCCUCCUUUGGUUUGACAGGGGAAAAAUGCCCCCCUCGGCUUCGCGCCUCCGGCCCUCUCGAUGCGUGCGGGUCGCACGCGAUCCCCUCGCCUUGGCGCCGGCCCGGUUCACGUCGAAUCGCAGCCGGUCAAGUGUACCGAGGAAAGAAGGCGACUCCAAGACGCAUUGGUUGACACGAUUUUUUUACUCAAUAAAAAUUGCGAGACUUCGUCGGCGCACGCGGCUCCAAUUCCGCAGACGCCCAAUUUUCGAAA